AUGUUGGAGCUUACUCUUGGUGAUUACGGUCACCAAGCCAUGGAUCACUUGAGCUCCUUUUAUCUUGGCAGCACCUUCAACACCAGGGGAGGGAUACUAACCCUCAUCUUGGUCAUUCUGGUCACGGCGCACUGUCUCCGUCGUAAGAGGAACUCAGCAAGUCGUUUCCCCCCUGGACCCACUGGUGUUCCGCUGCUUGGAAAUGUCUUGCAACUUCCGUCGAAAUUCUUUUGGUAUCAGCUGGACACGUGGUCCAAACUUUAUGGUCCUGUGUAUACGUUCUGGAUAAUGAACCGACCAAUUGUGGUUCUUAGCACUGUAUCGGCAUCUGCGGACGUUCUGGACCGUCAAUCAGGAAUAACAGCUGACAGAGCGCAGAGCAUCAAGGGUGCUUUCUAUGGUAUAGAUCAAAUUCUGUCCAAUAAGAUGCACUCAUAUGGAUGCGUGCAUUUCUGUGUUUUUGUGACACAUAUUGUGACUUAA